CGCACAAAACAGACCACUGAUGUGCACUGAACGCAUUCGGACGUGCGCGUACUCGCUAUUCAGCGACAAACAUGGCGGCCGCCGCCGGAUCAGGCGUCAAAGUUCCCCGUAACUUCCGGUUGCUGGAGGAGCUGGAAGAGGGCCAGAAGGGUGUCGGAGAUGGGACUGUCAGCUGGGGCCUGGAGGAUGACGAAGACAUUAUGCUGACCCGCUGGACAGGCAUGAUCAUAGGGCCUCCCAGGACAAUCUACGAGAACCGGAUGUACAGUCUGAAGGUAGAAUGUGGACCCAGAUACCCAGAGUCUCCCCCUUUUGUCCGAUUUGUGACCAAGAUAAAUCUGAAUGGUGUGCACAACUCAAAUGGUGUGGUGGACACGCGGGCAGUGGCGGCCCUGGCCAAGUGGCAGAACUCGUACAGCAUCCGCGUGGUGCUGCAGGAGCUCCGGCGACUCAUGAUGUGCAAAGAGAACAUGAAACUCCCCCAGCCACCUGAAGGCCAAGUGUUCAGCAACUGACCUGGUCGUGACCAGCCCUGCUAUCCCAACUGUCCCUCACUGUCCCUGGGUCUCACACACACAUGCAUAUACAGUACACACACACACACACUCUGAUUCACCUACUCUCAUAUUAACAAACACACACACACACACACACACACACACACGUACCCUCUCUUAUUUUCCGAGACUCUUGAAAACCGUUCUCAUGUAAGCCCUCUAGCCAGCACCUACCACCACCCCCACGUACACCUUCAGUCCUAUGCCAUGCCCGAUUCCUGUCCUCACACACAUUCCCCCCCCCCCCCCCCUCCUCUCUGUCUCUUCCUUCCUCUACACAGAGAGAUGGUUGCACAGUUGGACGCCAUUCGUACACCUAACACGCACGAUCGUGCAGACCAGUCACUAGCAAACAAAUUAAUGAAUCUUGUUUUAUCAUCUUUGUGUUCUACAUCCAGAUUGUAAAAUAACAUAAAUGAUCUUAUUGAGUGUACCUGUCCUUUUGUGUGCGCUGGAUUAUUCAACCAAGGGUGGUGGUAUGUAGGCGCAGCUCUGGUGGAAAUCAAGAUGACUUGCUGACCUGUGCCCCGAACUAAAAUCUGGUCAGGGGUGUUUUCACCGUUCAGCUUAAUUUCUGCUGAACAGCUGUUAACCGUAUCCUGAUUUUGAUAACCCAGGAGGCCUGGGCUGUCUAAGUGGCGAGUGUCUGCUUCUAGAAGUCCGUACGUGGUUUAGAAAUGGGUUUUGUCCACCCUUGGCUAAAUACUAAAGGAGUGAAUUAAAAAGUCUAUGGGUGUAUUUCAGACUGGCACUGCUCGCAAACAGAGUAACCAACUUCUCAAUCUCGAUUAUGUGAAUUUCUUGGCCUUCGGGUAACGUACAUGGGAUUAGGAAUUAAAAUCUGUGUCUCCGUAUACUGGGCAUUCUCGGUUCAUCGACCUUCCCGAUUUAAAACCUCUGUCCUCUGUGCCAUAUAGCUGGUUGCGCUUUGUGAUAAUUGAAUGGAAGCAGGUACAUAAUGUUUCCCUUGGUUUUUCUUAAAAGUAUGUGGGGUUUGAAAUGCUCAUCUUAUGUGCUUUGCACCUUUUUCAGGUUCACCACACAUUACUGUGGCCUCCUGUUUGGAGAAUUGAGUUUUUGUUUUGUUGUUUUGUCUUCAGGGGCUGACCUGUGUGUACUCAUUGAGGUCCCCUCAUACACUGGGCCCGCUGAGUGCAAUGUAUGGCUUUUAGAUGUUUAUUUUAUAAACAGGUGUGAAUCUCUAUUCGGGUGAGGGUGACCUGUGCAUGGUUUUAUUUGAAUUAAACCUCAUUACUUUUUCACG